AUGAAUGCCAGUGAGUUUUUGAUUAAAGCUGCAACCAGACUUAUGUAUCAAAUUGAUUGCGCUGCCAUCAUUGAUUCACAGCUAAUUGAUGUCAUUUCGAAAAUUCCAGGUUUAGAUCAAAAUGAAAUUGAUGUUAUUGUAAUGGAGCAUCGUGCGCAUCAACAAUUCUAUAUUAAGCUUGUAGAUUACGUUAAAGUAAUGAAACAAAUGGUAAAAGAAGUAUGUCCUUUUAAACAAGCAAUUAGCAUUCACAUGUAUGCAUUAAAAUCAAUUGAUAUUCCGUUUUUUAUAGAAGUUAUCAAAGAGCAUCAAGAAGCACUGUCGCAAAUUACAGGAAUCCCUUUACCUAAAAAUGUGACAACAUCAGACCAAGCAGUAGAAUCAGUUUCUAAGUUUUUUCCAUUCGAUGCCAUACUUCCACUGAUGUUUGACCAAUCAUUUUUCACAGAUCUCAUGAAAAUCAUGUUUUCAUUUACUCCUGACAACUUUCAAAAGACGAUAUCGCAAGUAUUCAAACUCCUUAAGCAUGUAAAUCUCAAUCCAUACGUAAAAAUGGUCGUUUCAGAAGUAAUUCUUGACUAUUUUGUCGGAGAUAUCAAAUUAUCAGAUCAAAAAACGAUGUUUAAGAACUAUAUUCUUACAGAUGUCCAAUUUUUCCAGAACUGCAAACUCAUAAUUUCAGGUGGCAUCUCGAGUUUAAGUAUAAACAAGGAGAAAUCAGAUUUAUUUAAUAUUGAUUUCCAACCUAAUCAAGAUUAUUACGAUCCACUUGAAUACACACCACCCAACACCAUUUCCCUAUGCUUUGAUGACGAUGGCGUUGAGAUGCCCCUUAAAAAACUGAACCAUGUUUGGAUUUUACUCCGAAAAAUUCCAGUUUCUAUAUCAACAACAUCAUCCUUUGUCAUUAUCUCUAAAGCCAUUGACUGGCUCAAGACCGCUAUGGUAAAGGAAGGCAUGGAAGUCGGCGCCGAUGAACUAUUCCAGUUCUUCGUCGCUUGUAUUGUUAAUGCGAAAUUAUUACAUUUACCAACACUUAUAAAAAUGAUGGAUAACUUCGCAGUUACAGAUUUGAUGUCUGCCAGGUAUAAAUAUUUGAAGACACAGCUAUCCAGUGCCGUUGAAUUUGUGCAGACAAGACAAAUCAGAGUUCCUCCUUUUCUCAUUUUUCCUUUCGACAAAACCGAAGAAAACAAAGGUUUGUCAAGAGUUGAUGAAGGACACAUUAUAUUGCCAAGAUUCACGGUCUACGCGUUUCCUCGGUUCAAGAACACUGUUGUGAGCGCGGUACUCGUGUAUACAGGUUCCCAGGCUGAUACGGCAAUAGGAUACAAGUUCAAGAUCUCAGAAGAUGCAACAGAAACAAUGGUAAAACUCGGACAAGAAUUUAUGACAAUUCCAACAGUUGACGGAACGAUUUUUACAUGGGAUAUCGAUGAGGCACAAGACAGGAAGAUGAUAAAAGUUAAUGACGGAGACAUGGCUUCACAUAAUGGUGAUGUCUCGAUAAUCUCAAAUUUGUUGUUGAUGACUCCUUCGCUUGUAAAAUUUCCUUCAAUUGAAUUGAAAGAAAAUUUACUGUCACUUUUUACUGACAAAUGGCGAGUGAAUUUGUCUGAUGCUGAGAGUGCGCUUGUACACUUUGUUACUGAACUACAAUCAGCUCUGAUUAGGAAAGGAUUCAAAGGUGUUCAAGCAAACGGCGUAAUUUCAGAAAUUGAUGUCGGAAUUAUCAAAUCAAUCAUAACAGGCUUCAGGAAUGGAGAAUUUUAUAUCAACCAGAAGAUAUAUACGUUCAUUUUGAAUAAUUCAAUCAAACAAAAUAAUAUUUAA